CUUCAUGUUUUCUUCUUGAAGCUAUAAUGGAUGUUAUAAAUUUAAGAUACUUGUACUUUUGUGAAGGUGGUGUCCGACAAGGAAAAUGUUUUGAUAUGAUGUCUCAAUCAGAACGUAUGAAGGAUCCACUUGAUACCUUUAUUUCAUCUAAUUCACUACAUCCAAAAUAUAUCACAAAUCAAUAUCGAAACAAAUUCGUGGGUAUAAUGAAAGCUGCUUUGCCUCCAGUUUUUUAUGAUGUACUUGAUUCUGACGAUUUAGGGUCCGAGACUACGAAGAAAAAACCACAACGACUUGAACGUUUAUUACCAAGUUUGGCUUAUCUUGCCCAUUGGUCAAUGCAUCUAGCUAAAGAAUCUCGUCCUAUUUACGCAUUUUACUUGUCACUUUCCGGUGGUCCUUUAUGUAAUGCUCCUGGAAUAACGCACGUAGAUAGGGCAAUUAUGGCGUGGUGUUUAAUGUAUCGACAUUACGAUGAUGCAAGUGGUGACGUUGAGGAUGAUGUGAGCAACAUGGCCUCUGAAAUGUUUUAUGGUGUCAAGAAAAUGAUUCCAGGUGGGAAGGAUGGAAGAAAAGUAUGUGAGGUUAUUGGAAAGUUUUUAGGAUUUGUGGCGUUGUGUCAUCCAUUUGAUGCUAAACAAAAUGAAGACUCAGAAUUAGUAGGAUUUGAUAAAAUGUCGAUUAAUGAUGAAUCAUUGAUUCAGUUUAAAACUUCUGAAGAUCGUGAUGCUAAG